ACUGGCAAUGAAUAUUUGAACUGCUUUCCCUGGUUGCUUGAGUGCUGAUUUGAGAGUCUGCUGUAUAUAUGUAUACAGCAAGCAUCCACUUAUCUGAUGGGCUUGGGACCAGAGUCCUAUUAGAAAGUGGAGUAGUCAAAAAGGAGUAAACCAGUUUAUUGUGGCUCGCAAAUGCUCUUUGGCUGCUUAAAACUAUAAAUAAUAUGCUUUUGAAUGCAUGAUAAAGCGAAAAUAACUUUUGCAUGCUUUCAAAAGUGCUUAACUGUCUACUCUUUCCGUAGACAAGCCUUGAAAUGGCAUAUAUGCUCACAAUGCAGCUUCAUAGGCAGAACUGACUAAAGAGUGCAUCCCUUGUCAGAUUAAUUGAACUUGUCUUUAAUUUGCUGAAAUAAUGAAUAAUGCUGAAAUAAUGAAGUGUCAGAAAGCAAGAUGGGGGAAGUCCAUGCAUAUAUUCAUUUGCACCUUGACAACUGGUUCUAGCUUUUAGAGGCACAUCUUCUCUUCCUUCCUUUGCCCAAGGAAGGGGGAGGAUGAGUCAUAACAGCCUUCACAGCAGUCGUAUAGCCUGACAUCAUCUUUUCCUCUGGUUGUAGCUUAGACAAUCUAUUGAACAGACCAAAGAGUGAAGAAGGGAAAGAAUUAUAGAAUAAUGAAGUUGGAAGAGAUCACAAGGACCAUCCAGUCCAUCCCCCUGCCAUGCAGGAAAAGCACAAUCAAAACACUAUAGAAGGAAGGAAGUCAGGAAAGAAGGAAGAUUACUAAGAUUGGCCGGGUCACUGCAUAUCCUGAAGGCAUCAGAUCCUGUCUGAUCUCAGAAGCUAAACAGGGACAGAUCACAUUAGUAACUGGAUGGGAGACAGCCAUGGAAACCAGGGUCUGACAUUUCUUGAGGGCUUUGCAACUAAUUCAAAAGAGAAUUGGGGGAAGCAAAGAGGAUCCUCAAGUGACAUCAUGGAGGAGAAUGGUGAAGAUGUGGCCUCCUUGGCGGCCUAUAUUUCCACAGAUGGCAGUUAUACAGAGACCGUACCGAUGCCGAAUCAUGGCACAAUGACGGCUUCUUCGCAGGGUUCUUCCUCUGCCACCAAAUCCAGGCGUCAGCCUGUUUGGACCGAUGAGGAAACCCGGGCCUUCAUCCAGGUGUGGGGCGAUGAUGCUGUCCAGGGAGCCCUGGCAUCAAACUACCGCACGGUGGCACAGUUCCAGUGGAUAGCGGAUGAAAUGCGAGCCCGGGGUUACAACAGGGACUGGGAGCAGUGCCGGGAGCGUGCCAAGGUGCUUCGGCGUGGCUUCAAAGAGAUAGUGGACGGGAACAGCAAUGCCGGACAUGGGCGCCGCGUCUGGCCGUAUUUUGAAGAACUUAACCGCUUCCUUUGCAUCAAGCAAAAUCUAGUUGUUCCACGGCUUUCAGGGAGCAACCCCAGGCCGCCUGUUGACCGUCGGCGACGGGAGCACCGGGAAACGCAGGAUGCAGCCUACGAGCCACCGCUGUCAGUCGGGAAAAACGACAAAGGAACCUUUGAAGAGCCCGACGGGGACUGUCUCCUGUUGCCUGAAUCUGCCGGAUCACACCAGAGUGAAGCUAACAUGGACAACCAAGUUGCUUCUCCAGCAGCAAACUCUGACCUAUCCAUGGAUGGCAGUGUUGGCCCAGGCACUCCCAUAGAUCCCUUGCCACCCAAUGACUCGGUUACUGCGCCAAAUCUACGUCCUCGACCGCUGACGGCUGCUGAGCGAAUGCGGAAUCUCCGUUGCCGGCAGAGAAAGAGGCGGGGUGACACUUUGAAAGAACUAAUGGAAGUCACCUCCCAGGCUACUAGCGAACUUGUCCGGACACUUUCCGACCUCACACACAAAGAAGUAGCCUCCUUUGAGCGCGCUUACAAAGAGGACCUUGCAGCUCGCAAAGACGAGAUGGAGCAGAGCGCCGAGGACAUUGGGAGGCUGGUCAGUGCUCUGGAAUCCAGCGAUCAGACUCUGAAGGAACAACUGAGCAGCCAGACUAGCGUCUUGCAGGGCAUAUUGGAGGUCAUGAAAGACAUACGGGGCCGAACGUCCUACAGUCCCCCUUACCCGUCACAGUAUUACGAUUUCCCCGGCCCAAGCAUGAUGCACACGGGUGGGGGAGCGUCCUCAAACGGCCAGGAAAUGCCCUGCCCCUCCCCUUCCAGCCUUGCGUUUGCUUCCCAGCAGCCGGCCACCAGCAACGGAGACGUCUCCCCCAGGAAACGGAUGAAAUAGAUGAGAGAGGCACUGUUUCUUUGCCGUCAUUGUGGAAACCAUCCUCCCAGCUCUUCUCUGUUAUUGUUAUGACAUAUAUAUACAUAUUGCUUUUGUUGCUGCCUUUCUUAAUUGCAUAGGUAGAACAUGUUCUCACCACAUUAUGUGUGUCGCCCCACAACUUUAAAGUUGUGAAAAUGGCUGCCAGCAGUGUACAUUUAGAUUUUUUUCCUUUUGGUUUUUUUUAUAGCAUACCUACAUUAGUUCCCUUUCCAUCAUUGUUUUCCAGAGGAAUGCAGUGUUUGAUGUAAAAGUUAAACUCUUUU